AUGGUGGAUGUCGUAAGUGAAAGAGAGUCUGCUGAUACAGUCGGUCAGCAGCGCUGGUGUGAUGAGACGCGACGGUGGACAUCUGCAGUGAAACGGGACAGUCAGAAGCGGGACAGCUGCACUACAGCACGCCUCAGCCUCUCCAGCAAUAACUUUAUACCAUCUCAACACCAAACGCGUCACUGCAUGAUGAUGAUCUUGUUCCUGGAAAUCAUUACCUGCACACUGCUGCUCCUUUCUCCCUUUGUGACCUCCUACCCAGCCGACUUGGAGAAAGGACGGAGGAGAGUGGUUCAUGUCCUGGAGGAUGAUACUGGGGAAGUUAUAGUCCAGACUGCGCCAGGUAAAGUGAUCACUCAUCGUGGUGGAACCAUCACCCUUCCCUGUCGAUACCACCAUGAACCAGAGGACAUUGAUCCUAACCGCAUUCGCAUCAAAUGGACGAAGGUUUCUGAUGCUUUCCAGUUUGAAGAUGUGUUUGUGGCACUGGGACGACAACAGAAAGCAUUUGGGUCUUACCAAGAGCGAGUGUCUCUAGAGCGUGCAGGACCUGGAGAUGCUUCAGUUAUAAUUCACAACAUCACCUUGGAAGACUACGGCCGAUAUGAAUGUGAGGUCACUAAUGACAUGGAGGAUGACACAGGAUUUGUCAAUCUGGACCUUGAAGGUGUUGUGUUCCCCUACUACCCUCCAUCGGGACGCUACAAGCUGAACUACCAUCAGGCUGAGGAAGUUUGCCGAGAGCAAGAUGCAAUCCUGGCCUCCCAUCCACAACUACAUAAGGCUUGGCUUGAGGGUUUGGAUUGGUGCAAUGCUGGCUGGUUAGAGGACGGCUCGGUCCAGUACCCCAUCUCCCACCCCCGAGACCAGUGUGGCCGCAAGGACAGCCCUCCAGGUGUCCGCAACUAUGGCUACAGGCACAAAGACGACGAACGCUAUGAUGCUUUUUGCUUUACCUCCAACCUCAAUGGACGUGUCUACUUUCUUAAACGCUUUAAAAAGGUAAACUACCUGGAGGCGGUAAAGGCAUGUCAACGUGAUGGUGCAUUCAUAGCCAAAGUCGGACAACUGUAUGCUGCUUGGAAGAUCCAACUCUUGGACCAUUGUGAGGCAGGGUGGGUGGAAGAUGGUAGCAUCCGGUACCCCAUCGUCAAUCCUCGAACCCGCUGCGGGGGCCAAGAUCCUGGUGUCCGAAACCUAGGUUUCCCUGAUAAGAAGUUCCGCCUCUACGGAGUCUACUGCUUCCGCAAAAACACAGAUAUCCAGUCAACACAGGCUCCAACUGAAACCACUUCCAAAAUGGCUAACAGCACCAGAAGUAUCUGAAAGUGCAAAAACGAGUUACUAGCUUUACUAGCAUUUGAAAAACAAGGCUUUUUUUGCACACAUGCUAGGCUAUUAAGCUAGCUCUCAACUUGAGGCAUAAUUGAGCUUGUAUAAUUUCACUUGCUUGAAAUGUCGAAAUUUCUCUAAACUGAGAAAACCUAGCAGCAUAUUUCCUCAGAGACAGUGCUAAGGAAGAAUAUGGCACAAUGCAUUAGCUUAAAUGUUUCACUGUACACCCUGCAUGCCUUGAGGUAUUCAAUUUGGUUUAUUUUUGCUGUUUCCCAGGGAAGACAAAAGCAACUUGAAAUAGUGCUAAGAAAGUAUGGACGCAAAUUUAGCCUUAAUAUGAGCAUAGAACAUUAGCAAUAGCCCUGAAUCACCUGAUGAUGAGAAACUGCUAGCAUGAACUGGGCUUAGCUUUGCCAAUUACUAUGCACAUACCUAUAGAAACACAAAUUUUUGAUACAUUUGGAUUGACCUGGCAGGCAAUAACAACAAGCAUGCCUUUUCUUUGAUGAUCAUUACAGUGAUAAAGCUAAAAUGUUGUGAAUGACAGACUUACAUAGGCUGCUUUACUACCUCUUAGCGGUUGACAAUUGCACUGUCUGUUCAGUAUUGCACAAUAAUGUCUAUGAUGAUGCAUUUUAGAUUAAAGUUAUUUACCUGUU